AUGAAUAUUAUCAAAUCAAACAAGGCUUGUGCAGCAUGCAAACAUCAAAGGAGAAAGUGUUCAUCUGAUUGUAUUUUAGCUCCUUAUUUUCCGGUCGAUAAGCCAUUAAUGUUUCACAAUGCUCUUAAUUUGUAUGGUGUUUCUAACAUAAUAGAGAUUCUAAAUAAAAUUCCACAAGAGAUGAGAGAUUUAGCAAUGAAAACAAUUAUUUAUGAAUCAAAUGUUCGUGCGAUAUAUCCGAUUCACGGAUGUCUGGGUGUUAUUAAAGAAAUUUGUGAUAGGAUAAACGAAAAUCUUGAAGAGUUAUAUCAUGUAAAAGAGUUACUGGAUUAUUGUAAAAUAAAUAAUUUACAAUCACAAAAUCUUUCCACUUUGCUACCUUCUACAAGUUCUCAAAAUCCAAAUCUUCAACCACAUGUUUCGAAUAUUCCAAUAUUUAACGAUGUUGGUAAUGUUUCUAAUUAUUGUCAUAAUAGUGAAAGUAAUAUAGAAGCUAUGACGAAUGCAUAUCCUUCGCAUUUGAAUGAUAUCAUUCCUCGUGAGGUUAACAAUACUCCGACUAAUACAAAUUUAAAUAUAAGUCCGAUGGAUGUUGUAAGGGUUGCACAAUUGAGUGAAGGAGUUUCCAAUAAUAAAGAAUAUGAUCUUCAUGGUGGUGGUGUUGAUACACAGACCAGUGCAAAAGUUGAUUUGAAAGAGAAGGAAACACCGUUUAAUGUUAAUGAUUUAUUCAUUCCUGAUUCUGAGAUUGAUAAGGUUUAUUAUAAUAAUGGACAACUAUUUAUAGAAAACGACUCAUCUAAAAGGUAG